AGCCCUCACGUGUACUUUCAGACUGUCGCGCGAAGCAAUCCAAUCCUCAGGUAUAGCACAUUUCGCGAACCCCGUACGCCAUGGCACCAAAGAUGCCAGCGGUCGGUAUCGACCUCGGCACUACGUAUUCCUGUGUAGGGGUCUGGCAGCACGGCAAGGUCGAGAUCAUUGCCAAUGACCAGGGCAACAGGACGACACCCAGCUACGUCGCUUUCAGUGACAGCGAGCGUCUGAUCGGAGAUGCCGCCAAGAACCAAGUGGCGAUGAAUCCGCAGAACACAGUGUUCGACGCGAAGCGGCUCAUCGGACGCAAGUACGACGACCCCAAGAUCCAGGGCGACUUGAAGCAGUGGCCGUUCAAAGUGGUCAACGACGGAGGGAAGCCGAAGAUCGUCGUGGAGUACAAAGGAGAGGUGAAAAGGUUCUCCCCAGAGGAGAUAAGUUCCAUGGUGCUGACCAAGAUGAAGGAGACAGCCGAGGCGUACCUCGGUGGCAAAGUGACCGACGCGGUCGUCACCGUGCCUGCGUACUUCAACGACUCGCAGCGGCAAGCGACGAAAGACGCCGGCGCCAUCGCGGGUCUCAACGUGCUGAGGAUCAUCAACGAGCCGACAGCCGCGGCGCUGGCGUACGGCCUGGAUAAAAACCUGCGCGGCGAGAAGAACGUGCUCAUCUUCGAUCUGGGCGGCGGGACUUUCGACGUUUCGGUGCUCACCAUCGACGAAGGGUCGCUGUUCGAGGUCAAGGCGACGGCGGGAGACACGCACCUGGGCGGCGAAGACUUCGACAGCCGCCUGGUGAACCACUUCGCCGAGGAGUUCAAGAGGAAGUUCCGGAAGGACCUGCGCAGCAAUCCUCGCGCUCUGCGGCGCCUGCGGACGGCGGCCGAGCGCGCCAAGAGGACGCUCUCCUCCAGCACCGAAGCGAGUAUCGAGAUCGACGCGCUCUUCGAGGGUGUCGACUUCUACACCAAAGUGUCGCGAGCCCGCUUCGAAGAGCUGUGCUCCGAUCUGUUCCGGUCGACGCUCCAGCCGGUCGAGAAGGCGCUCGCCGACGCCAAGCUGGACAAGUCGGCGAUACACGACGUCGUGAUGGUCGGCGGGUCGACGCGCAUUCCGAAGAUCCAGAGCCUGCUCCAGAACUUCUUCAACGGCAAAGCGCUUAACCUGUCGAUCAACCCGGACGAAGCGGUGGCCUACGGGGCGGCGGUGCAAGCCGCCAUCCUCAGCGGUGAUUCCAGCUCCCAGAUCCAAGACGUGCUGUUGGUGGACGUGACGCCGCUGUCGUUAGGCAUCGAAACUGCCGGCGGCGUCAUGACCAACAUCGUCGAACGGAACACGCGCAUUCCCUGCAAGCAGACGCAGACGUUCACGACGUAUUCCGACAACCAGCCCGCUGUCACCGUCCAGGUCUUCGAGGGUGAGCGCGCUCUUACAAGGGAUAACAACCUUCUGGGAACGUUCGACUUGUGUGGCAUCCCACCUGCUCCCAGAGGCGUUCCUAAGAUUCAGGUGACGUUCGACAUUGACGCGAACGGCAUCCUGAACGUGUCGGCGCGAGACGAGAGCACGGGCCACUCGCGCAACAUCACCAUCCGCAACGACAAGGGCCGGCUGUCCAAGGCGGAGAUCGAGCGCAUGCUGGCGGACGCGGAGCGCUACCGCGCGGAGGACGAGCGCCAGCGCGAGCGCGUGGCCGCGCGCAACCGCCUCGAGGGCUACGUGUACGGCGCGCGCCAGGCGCUCGACGACGCGGGCUCCAGGCUGCCCGACGGGGAGCGCCGGCGCGCCAGGGACGCCUGCGACGACGCGCUGCGCUGGCUGGACGCGCACCCCGGCGCGGACCGCGCCGACUACGAGCAGCGCCUGCGCGACGUGCAGGCACUGUGCGCGCCGCUCAUGUCGCGGCUCCACCAGCAGGCCGGCGGCGGCGGCCGCGGAGGCUACGGCGGCCGGCAGCAGCAGCAGGACGGGCCCGUCAUCGAGGAGGUCGACUGAACGCGCACAUGAAUCGAUACACCGACGGCGCCACGACUAUCGAUAGCGUUACGCACGUCCUGUAGGAGACACUGAUGUUUGGAGGAGGUUGACUACCUUUUUUUUUUUCGGCUUCUCUGCAAGGACAUUUGAAGCUAGAGCCCACUGAGACUGUAUAAGACAAUAGUACAAAAAGAAAAUUGUAUUGUACUCCACAUAAUAGUCUUGAGAUAUUCAGCAACUGCAUAGACAUUUAAGAUAAUCCUCAUUUAUUGUUAUGUCUCAAGCAACACAUUUUUAAUUACACUGCAUGUUUCGAUCACUCUGGAUCAUUUUCAGAUCUAACAAGGGAACCUCCCCAUCGCACCCCCCUCAGAUUGAGUUAUCAGUUGGCACAGUGGAUAGGCCUUGAAACACUGAACACAGAUCAACCGCAGGAACGUUAUUUCACUACCAGUAGGCCCACGACAUCUGUAUCUCACCUCAUUUUUAAUUUUUCUUGUUGGGACAAAUACCUCCUUCGGUUGCCUUCCAUAAGGGCCAAACAGUCAGUAUGUCCUAACAAAGGGCUCAUUUAAUCUGCCUAGAUUUCACAUCAGUGUGAUGAACAACCUGGUGACAUAGAAUUAAGCAUCGAAACGAGUCGUAUGAAGUUGUUUCAGUAGACUGUGACUGGCUACAGUGUUUAGUUUGUCCCUAUUACACCCUCGAUCAUGUUCGAGCUCACUAGCGUGUAGAAUAGUAACGUUUCCCUUGUGAUUCUUCAUAAGUUUCAUUUUUUGAGUAAUGUUAUAUUAUUACUGUGAACUAGUGCAGUCAUAUUUCCGACAUAAUUGAGUUCAUUAAUUGACACAGUGAUUAUAAACAUGAAAUUACCUGCCGAUUAAUUAUAUAUAAGGAAGCUUGCAGGAUAUUGUGCCACACAUAUAUAAACGUGGGCUAAAUAUCAACAAUUUAGUUUAUAUUCAUUGAGCCAUUGUGUGUUUCAUCCUUAUUUGUCUACGUUACUUUGUAGUGUUACUAUUCUCUUGCUAAAUGUGAGUAGUACGGAAAGCCACGUUCCGCCUUGUACUCAGUGAGGGUUGAACUUAAAACCGCAAACUGGCACUUAUAGAAAAAAAAAAUUGCUUUUAACCUAAGAUGAUGUAAAUUAUCUCGAAAACGUAAUUAUUGAGAUUUCGAUGAUGCGGUAUCCGCCUGUGUAUAGGGUUGUAUAAUACGCUUAGCAAUUUCGCUAAUGUAGAUCCUGUAUAACGGCAACAAACUUUUUUUUAAGAAAAUUACAUAUUUCGUUUUAUGACCAAUAA